AUAAAUAUAUAAUAUACAUUUUGCGUAAUGUAUAGUAAAUUGUGUAUACAUGUCAAAAUUUAUGGUAGUUUAUUCAUUGUUUAUUGUCGUGUUUAACUAUCGUUUUUAGCACGUAUUUUUAGGAACUAUGCAGGAGUAUCCUUACGUGUUAUCAGAAUAUGAGGAAAUAAAUCCUCUUCUUUAUAAACCUAUCAAUUCAACUCAACGAAUUAAGUAUACAUGUUUUAAUGUAUCCUCUAAUUAUAUUUUAUUGGGUUCAACCAGUGGCAGUAUUUAUCUAUUUUCAAGAAAACCAUGUUCCUUUAUACAAUUAAUACCUUUAUCGGAAGGAAUAGUUUCUCAUAUUCUCAUAUCACCUGAUGAGAAAACAAUUGCUUUGACAACAAUUCGUGGUAUAGUUUGUCUAGUAGUAUUAAAACCAAUACCAAAAUUGAUAGCUAUAUCAACUGAGCAUAUUCAUAAACAAAUUAACUGCCUUUGUUGGAAUGAUAAUAGCUCUGAAGUAUAUAUUGGUGAUGAAAAUGGAAAAAUUUCUGUUUUGGUGCUAUCUAUAUUUACAGUGAAUGGUAUAUUUCAAGCACCAGCCUGUACAUUAAUGAAUUUAGAUUCAGCCAUUGUGCAACUUAAUUUCUCAUCAUCUUUAUUGUUAGUGUCGACAUUGACUCGUUGUUAUAUAUGUGAUACAGUACAAGAACAAUAUAAACAAAUAGGAAAUAAAGCACGAAAUGGAGAAUUUGGUGCUUGUUUCUAUAAAACAUACCUUAUAAAAAAUAAAAAUACUUUGAUUAAUCAGAAGGAAGAAAAAGUAAUCAAUAAAAAAGGUUCCUUUAAUUUUAUUGCAGAGAGUAAUAGUAAAAUGCAAGAAGAAGAAAACUCUACUCAAAUCUUUUGUGCUCGACCAGGAUCUAGACUUUGGGAAGUAUCUGCAAAUGGAAUAGUUAUGAAAACUCAUCAAUUUAAAGAAGCAUUUGCUAUUUCACCAACACUGAUAUGUAGAUCAAACAUUAGAAAAUCUAAUUAUCAGAAACAAAUUGAACACACCUGGUUACCACAGUCUAUAAAUUUUUCCCAUCUACUUAUUAUUGCAGAAAAGUAUUUAUUUUCAUAUACUUCCACUGGCCUAUAUAUUAUUGAUCCUAUGACUGCAACUGUAAUUCUAUGGAAUAAUGAAUUUUCAAAUAUAAAUUUUGCAGAAACUAUAGAGAAUAAUAUAUAUUUGAUGACUUCUAAUGGUGAAUUCCAUUGUUUAAUUUUAUCUUCCUUAGAUUCUCUAAUAUUGCGAUUAUAUAAUAAAAAGAAAUAUUAUGAAUGUUUAGAAAUAUGUCUCAUAUAUAAACUACAAUUAAAAAAAUUAUUCGAUAACACUGAAAUUAACAAUAUUUGUGAUAUAGAGACUAAAUUGCAAAUAUUUAGAGAUGAUGAAUUGUCUACAUUAUUACAUCCUUUAAUACUUUUAUUAGAAUCUAAUUUAAAAAUGAUUCCAAAAAAAUUAGAUUCAGGUAUUGUAGUUGUUAAUUGUGGAAAUUCGAAUUUGAAAGAUAAAGAAACUUUUAUGCUUCCUCCUGGAUCUCAAUGUUCUUUACAAGAUAAUGAAGAUCUUUUCAAAAUAGAGAUGAAAGCAUCGAUCAAUGACCGAUUAAAUGAUUCUGAUAAAAAAGUGAAAAAAGAUGAAGAUACAAAUUGUAAUACAUCGAAAGAAAUAGAAGAAAGUCCAAAUGAAACUAGAGAACUGAAUAUCAAUAAAAGUGUAACACAGAAAAUACAAGAAGAUUUGCAAAUUAUAUAUACUUUAGUUGAUAAUAUUAAAUCUUCAACGGAAGAAGAAGAAUUAGAAAAAAUAAUUCUGGAUAUAGAUUGGAAUAUGAAUGUUAUCAAAGAUUCAUAUCAAAACUUGACUGAUUUAAAGAAUUUUAUAUAUGAAGUAUUAAGAAGCGUAGAACUACAUUAUUUUAAUGUUCUGUUAGAAAAUAUUUCAAUACAAUUAAUACAAACUGUAGAUAAUGAAAAUAUUAUAAAACAAAUAAUGAAAGCUUUUGUAAAUGUGAAUGUACAAAGCAGAAGGUGUACCUGUGGUAGUCCAUAUCCAAUAAAUGAACUCAUAGAACCAAAGUUCCUAGACAUUGGUAGAUCUCUUAUUAAAAAAAUGUUAGAUGAAUAUAAAGAACAAUGUAUAAUAUUAUGUAAUAAAGUACCUUACAUGUGGCGAGAAUAUUUGCCACUAUAUAUAGAACAAUAUAGUACACUAACGAAUGAUUUAGUACAUCAAUGUCUUCAAGCUAGAGAUAAUAUUUUAUUUUCCAUUCUUUUACUAUUAGAUGGAAAACAUUGGAGUCUUGUAGCAACAUAUGCAAAAGAAAUUCAGCAAGGACAAUGCCUGUUCUGUGGAAAGUCUAUAAAAAAAGAAAAUCAUGAAGAAUUGAUAAAUUGGACUGCUGUGAUAUAUGAAAUCAUGAAAAAACAGGGACCUGACAUUGCCAUGACAUUACUAAUAAAAUUAGAAAAAGCUAUUCCAAGUAUUCCUAUAGAUAGAAGUAUAUUUCAGUCAUUAAUAUUUACAAAGCUUUUAUAUCAACAUGGAAUGAAAUAUACUAUUAAUUUUAAUAAACAUAGUCUAGAAUCAUCUGAAUAUAAUACAAUAUGUUCCACAAAGAUUCGAGAUCAGCUAGUAGAAGUUCUUGAAAAAGACUUAAAUAAAUCAAUUAAUAGAAAUAUUUUUGAGAAUGGAGCUCAUCAUUGGGGAAUGCAUUAUCAAAAUAAAUUAUCUACAUGUUCUUGCUGUACAUUGUCUCUUCAAACACCAGUUUUAUUAGGUAAUAAUGGAAUUGCAAUAUUUGAUUGCGGUCACGCUUAUCAUGUAAAUUGUAUGAUAGAAAAAAAACUUACCGCUUGUAAUCUUCAUUCUUAAUUAGAUAUGCAUAAAAAACAUAGAUAAAUCUCAUUAAAAAUAUGUAAGCCUAGCUCAUAUAGAAUGGUUUUCA